UGCUAUUUCUCUCUCUCUCUCUCUCUCUCUCUCUCUCUACAUGGUUUAAUCAAAUUCACUUUUACCACUUUCUCCCUCUAGGGUUUCGAAGGCAAAGUUCUCUGUGUGAGUACCUGAGGUUUGAAAUAUACUUGUUUCUUGCGAUAUUACAGCAAUUUCGCGUUGAUUACUUGAUCGCGUGACUCGUCUAUUUCUCUUCCGUAUCAGAAUCAGUUUUCGUCUGCUUUUUUCUUGGUGUUUCGUCCCAACUAGAUGAAAUUUCUUAGUCGAUUAAGCUGUUUUUUUGCAGUUCAUAGUCUUGGUAAUUACUACUGAUAUGGGCGACUGAGACUUUGAUGUCGGUGAAUGCUUUUGAGUGGAUGUUGAAUGAUUGGUACCAUGGAUUUAAAUGCUUCUCCAUUACCUGAAGAAGACGAGGAUACUUUUGAAGGGCAUAUAGAACAAUAUGCUGUACAUGAACGUGCAGAGUCUGGAGCUGAAAUUUUACGGCGGGAGCGUGAAGAAAGAAGAAUGCGCUUGAAAAGAGAUCGGCCUGAUGACAGAAACAUGCAUGAUCAAUAUUUUCAAGCUCGGAGAUUCAAGUCUUAUGAAAAAAAUAAGCUCCCCCCUGGUUGGUUGGACUGCCCUCCAUCUGGUUCAGAAAUAGACUGUAUGAUCCCUUCCAAGGUUCCUCUUGGUGAAUCCUUCAACGACUGUAUUCCUCCUGGUAAAAGAUACUCCUUUAAACAAGUGAUUCAUCAACAAAGGGUUUCAGGUAGAAAGCUUGGCUUAGUGAUUGAUUUGACAAAUACAACUCGAUACUAUCCAACAACCGAUUUGAAGAAAGAGGGCAUUAAGCAUGUCAAGAUUCAAUGUAAAGGCCGAGAUUCUGUACCUGAUAAUCCUUCUGUAAAUAGCUUCGUUUACGAGGUCACGCAGUUUCUCAUUCGUCAGAAACACUCAAAGAAGUAUAUCCUUGUGCAUUGUACUCAUGGACACAAUCGCACAGGAUAUAUGAUUGUUCAUUAUCUUAUGCGUUCACAACCAAUGUCUGUUACUGAGGCUAUAAAAAGAUUUGCUGAUGCACGUCCUCCGGGAAUCUACAAACGUGAUUACAUAGAUGCUUUGUAUGCAUUUUAUCAUGAAAGGAGGCCUGACACGAUUGAGUACCCAAUAAUUCCAGAGUGGAAGAGACCUUCUGAAUUUGAUCUUAAUGGUGAAGCAGUACCAGAUGAUGAUGACGAUGAUGGAGGUUCAACUGCUCCUUUGAAUGACAAUCAUGAGGUCCAGGUAGAUAUGACAAAUGAUGAUGUUUUGGGCGAUGAAAUACCUAAUGACCAGCUACUUUCCCUGCGGAAUUUUUGCUAUUCGAUGUUAAAGCUGGAUGCCAGAGGAAGAAAUAUGAUGUUUCCUGGGUCACAUCCAGUUUCUCUCAACAGGGAAAAUCUGCAACUGCUGAGACAGCGUUAUUAUUAUGCAACAUGGAAAGCUGAUGGGACAAGAUACAUGAUGCUCAUAACAAUGGAUGGAUGUUAUUUGGUUGAUAGAUGUUUUAAUUUUCGAAGGGUUCAGAUGAGGUUUCCUCUCAAAUUGCCAAAUGGAGCUGGUGUGAGUGAGAAAACUCACCACUAUACAUUGCUUGAUGGGGAGAUGAUUAUUGAUAAAUUGCCAGACUCACAGAAGCAGGAGAGAAGAUACCUUAUCUAUGAUAUGAUGGCAUUGAACCAUGUCUCUGUCAUUGAGCGGCCCUUCUAUGAACGGUGGAAGAUGCUGGAGAAAGAAAUUAUUGAACCUCGGAACAUUGAGCGACAUAGUAUUUACUCAAGUAAAAAUCCUUAUUACAGAUAUGACCUGGAACCCUUCAGAGUCAGGAGGAAAGACUUUUGGUUGUUGUCCACCGUUACCAAACUUUUGACUGAAUUUAUUCCGAGGCUUUCACAUGAUGCGGAUGGCCUUAUUUUUCAGGGUUGGGAUGAUCCAUAUGUUCCACGCACACAUGAAGGCCUUUUGAAGUGGAAAUAUGCGAGAAUGAACUCGGUUGACUUUUUAUUUGAGGUAACUGAUGAUCGUCAACUACUUUUUCUGUAUGAACGAGGGAAGAAGAAACUGAUGGAAGGGAAUUCUGUUAAAUUUGAAGAUGGUUCAGAUCCAUCUUUUUACUCUGGGAAGAUUAUUGAGUGUGGUUGGAGUCCAGAGGAACAGGUAUGGGUAUGCAUGCGGAUCAGGACAGAUAAAUCCACUCCGAAUGAUUUCAAUACCUACAGGAAGGUGAUGCGGAGUAUAACAGAUAAUAUAACUGAGGAUGUCUUGUUGAAUGAGAUUAAUGAGAUAAUUCGCCUACCAAUGUAUGCUGAUAGAAUACGGAAUGAUAGCAAGAGACGACUUAGGUGAUGGUGGGCGGUUGAGGCGCAGAUGUCCAACAUGUUUUCAAGAGCACCCAGUAAUAAGAGAAUAGGUGUAUCUUUUUAUUCUUUUGCUUGCGUUAGCCAGUGCAGGUGUUAGUU